GCUCCGAGGCGUAAACUGUGUCCAAGGUUGUGUGUCGUGGGCGUGCCCUUUUAUGGAGAGAGCCCCUCUGGCUGCUUCCGUCAGUCCCUUAAAGGCUCCGGACCAUCAAGAUGUAAAGAACCGUUGUCUCCUCAUGUUCUUGCUCUCACACCUCUGGGCGAGGUUCUUCCGGGUCACCCCGUGCAAAAAAGCAGAGGCAUGCCUGCAUGUAGGGCCAACAACUACCCAGUCCUGCUGGCCCCCUCCCUCUGCCAGGUCUAGCCCCUAAGGGAUCAGACCCCCGUGAGGUCUGAUGGUGCUUGGGAAGCCAACCAGGGCCCUGCGGGAGAGAAGGCUAAGGCACUUGGGGCACUUUCCCUGGCACAGAGCAUGCUCGUAGGCGGUGGUGGCUGCCCCCGUGUCGUCCGCAGGGCUGCAGGAGUGCUAACAUUGUGUGUGCUUGCCCCUGACCCAGGCCCUGGCUGACGCUUUAGUGCGAAGGACAGUGGGGGCCACGGGGACAGGAGAGCAGUUCCCAAGUCAUAGAGAGCUGGACCCCGGCACGCACUGCGCGCUGAACAUCAGGCAAGCCCUCAGCUCCUUCCUCUGUCAUGUGGGGAUAAGAACACUGUGUCAAGAAUUGGGAGGGUAGGAGGAGGGGCUGCAGAAUCUCCAAGCAGAGUGCAGGUGUUCUGCAAAGGACAGUUCUUUUCCCUACUCUGCGAGCCGCACUGGGGUCUUCCCAUGGGUGUUUUCUCCGCCAACCCCGAGGACCUGGAGGGAUGAGCCCUUGUGUCUCCCCCAGAAGGCUUUCUUUUCCCUUCGGAUGCCCCACUCCCAAAUGCCCAUCUCUACUGGCAGGGAACACUCAGUCUUCCUGGAGGCUGGCUUCACAGGCCUUACCCAACACCUUCCAAACUUGCCUGGACCCUUUGUGUGGGGAGUACGACCGAUGGCAUCUCCAAAUAACCCAGGCUGGGAAACACUCUGGUGCCUGUCAUCUCUGGCCUGGAGGACUGCCAGGCAUGGUGACCAGCAGGGAAACUUGCUGACCAGGCCCCUCCCUAGGGACCAGGGGCUCGACGCACCUGCAGGCAAACCACAAUCUGAGCGGGCAGGUUGGGCAUGUGGUUGGGGCAAAUGCCACCUCAGUGGAAGAGGGUCCCAGCCAGUCCCUCACUUGGGAUCUGAAUGUCAUCCUUUUCCUCUUCUGCAGAGACCUGAUUCCAUCUUUCCUUACUCUGAGUUUUUUUUUUUUUACUCCACUUUUCCCUCUUUCCUGACUUGUUUGUUCUCUUUCGUGUAUAAUCUGCUCAGAUCUCUCCCAUCUGUUUACAGGGAAAACUUUCAUUUACCUGCAUCCCCUCCAGUCACCAAUGCUCCACCUUUCUCUUUCCUUUUCAGCUAAGCUUUUUGGAGACAUUUAUUUAAGAUGUUUACCUCCAUUCUCUCCUCUUCUGGAGUGGGCGGGGGGGGGGCAGCUUCUGGCCACACUAUGUCAUUGAUAUGUCUCUGCCAGUCACCUAGUUGCUGAGUUCAGUGGUUGCUUUCAGUCUUGAUUUUUAAGCAGCGUGUCUUCCUGUUUCCUAUUUUGUUUUGAUUGAAACUCUACUCCCUUGGCUUGUAAGGCAUUACUCCCCUCUAGAUUUCUUUCUUGAGGUCAUCCGGGAGCUCCUUUUCUUACUUUCAUCCUUUCCUUGUUGGUGUUACCCAGACUACGCCCCAGACCUCUUCCCAGGCAAUGUUAUUUAUACUCAUGGCUUUACCUGCCGUGCGCACACCGAUGUCCCCAGGUCUCUCUUUCCAACUCAUAAGCUAAUAAGUUAACCUGUUACUGAUUCAUCGAUGCUGGCAGAAGACACGAGACUCCGGGGUCAGAGACACAGGAUUUUAUUGCUCAGGCGCACACAGCAUGAGAAGCUGCAUAUUUGCAUCAAUUUCCCUUGCCUCUGAGUCCCCAUGGGGCAGCACGACGGGCCCAGAGGGAUGCUCCACACGCAGUGGGUUUGCAUCACGGGGGAACUUGGGAAUCGAGCUUGGGAAUCCAUCGCUCAUGCAGGAAGCAGGAAGCAAGCCUAGAGGGAGACACGACCUCAUCUUUCAAGGUUGCUCGCCACAAAGACAACACUGAGAAGUGGCCCAGGUAACAAGUGGUCAGCGUCUUGCCCUCUUGGCACACACAGCAAGAUCCAGGGUGCGAAAGACUGGAGGACUGUCUCUUCCAACGGUGGGCACUUCCUUCUCAACAAAUGAGCGCAUCCUCUCCCGGGCCUCCUUCCCCACCUGCCUUCUCCUCUCUCUGCUUUCUGUUAGCUGUGGCCAGCCAGAGACCCUGGAGUCAUUGCGGUCUCUGGUCUCUCUCAGGAUCUACAUCUGGUCGACCAAGUGCAGUUAAUGGUGCUAAGGACGGUGGCUGUCAUUUGUGCACAUUCACCGAGUGCUGCCUCAGGCUGCGUUCCUCGUGGAUAUUAUGCUAUGUCGCCCUUUCAACAACGGAGGUCUUUAUCAUUGUCCUGAUUUCACAGGUGCUGCACUGUCCUCAUGCCCUGCCCUUCAGCCAUCAUCUCGUACUCCCUUACACCUCUCCCAAGAUGCCAUACUUUGUACCUUUGCACACGCAGCAUGGUCUUUCCAGGACAUCCUUCGCCUCCUUAAGAGACGCCUCAUCAUCCUUGAAGAUCCAGAAACCCAACAGCGCUGUUCUGACUUCAGAGGAAAUGGCUUUUCUGGUUACAGCGGAUGGGUAUUCCUUCACAUUCCGUGGGGAUCUUUGGGAAGAGCUUCAGCGUUUGGGCUGCAGUCCCAGACAGGGAACUCCAGACAUACAGCAGCGACACAUGAACUAUCGAAACAGAAAACCCCAAAUGCCUGGAUACACUCAAAGGUUAGUCAAGUGAAGCAGUGGAGAAGGAACAAAGAAAUCUGUAACUAGCUAUGAUCAAUUAGUUGUAAAUUAAUCUCUUAUUUAACAUUUUGAUUGCACCCAAAAAGAUAAUUUCGUGAACAAUUUAUAUGAUAUAAUCUAGGAGUUUCAGACACUAGAAUGAAAGAGUGAUUAUAGAACUUUAAUGGACACCCAAAAAAAAGUUCUGAAUGGUGAUCUAGGAAUUCUUUAUAAACUUCCUAGAUUUUGAGCCCCCAUUAAAAAAAAUCGGGGUGCCUGGCUGCCUUAGUCUGUAAAGCACGCAACUCUUGAUUUCAGCGUCUUGAGUUUGAGUCCCAGGUUUACUUAAAAAAAAAAAAAAAGAAAUGAC